CUGAUUAUUAUUCAUUUAUUCACACAGAUCCAACAUUUAACCUAGACGCAAAGUAAGAAAUUAUGGCUACGUACUGUUUCACAGGAUGAUUUCGUCAGUGAAAAUGAAUGAUUGUUUAACAUUCAAGUGAAUUAUAAUCAUUUUAAAUACUUUAUUUAUCAUGGAGUUGGGUUUACCUAAUACGUUAUUACCAGGUGAUCCACGAUUAGUAGAUCACAUUGUAGGAGAAGUUAAAUCUCAAGGAAUUUUUGAUCAAUUUCGUAAAGAAUGUAUUGCCGAUGUUGAUACCAAGCCAGCAUAUCAAAAUUUACGUACAAGAGUAGAAGGAUCUGUAAAUUCUUUCCUUAGCAAACAAUCAUGGAAACCAGAUUUAAACAAAAAUCAGUUGAGAGAAACAUUAAGGAAGCACAUACAUGAAGCACCUUAUUUAGAUGCUGGUGUAGAACGCAUAGUAGAUCAAGUAGUAAAUCCAAAAGUAUAUUCUGUCUUCAUGCAUCAGAUUGAAGAUGUAGUAUACAAAUUUUUAGGAAUAGAAAGACCCAAGGCAAAAGAAAAAAAUGGUUUGUGUGGCCUUAAAGAUUUAUUACCCAAAGAUUUAGAUCCUGUUUCACCAGAGUCUGAUAAAAAUAGUUUAAAAGAUGUAUCUUUGGAGUCUAUGGAUGCAAUGGAAGAUUUAGAAAUAAAAAAAGAUAUAAAAUUUAAUGAACAAAAGUCACUAGACGAAGAAAUCUCCAAUGAAAAAGGUAAAGAUAGUAUAUCUGAGAAUGGACAGGUUUCUUCAGAAGAAAAAGCAUUAGAUGAAAGUGAUAAAAUUUUUAAUAAGACUGGUAGUAUUUUAAAUUUAAAUAUAUCUGGAAAAUCAGAUGAUAAAACAGAGGAGGAUGAAGAAGACAGUCCCACUUUUGAACCAAUUGAUAUUAUGAAUCUAAAUGAAUCUAAUAAUUCCAAUGAUUCACAUUUAUCAGGUAUAUCAGAAUUAACUAGCCAUAGAUCUAGAAGUCCUGAUUUUUGUAACGAAUUAUCAAGAGACAACUUUGAUUAUAGUAAUCAAGAUUCACAACUAAGCAAAGUUUCUUCUGAUUCGCGAUUAUCUAUUGUAACUGACUUUGGAUCUUCUAAUCAUGCAUCAACUCCAAUACAUGAUCCAUUGAAAGAUGAAGUCAAUAAAGAUAGGUAUGAUGUUAAAAAUAUUAAAGACAAUUUUAAAGCUAUCAGAGAAUAUGAAUCCAGUAAAAAUAAAAGUAAUAAAAAUAUUUUUGAAUUAAAUAAGAAUAAGGAUGUACAAGAUGUUAAAGAUUCUAAAACUAUUAAAAACAAUUUAUCCUCUAAAGAAAAUUCUCGUGAUGCUACAGAUAGCAGUAUAAAAGAUAGAUAUGAACAUAAAAAUAAUAAAGAUAAAAGCAGAGACCAUGAAUCUAAAUCAAAAUCAAAAGAUAAAAAUCAUGUAAAAGAUGGGAAGCAUCAUAGAGAUAGAAGUAGUGACAAAAAAAAAGAAAGAAGUCAUAGCAGUUCAAAGUAUGACAAAUAUGAUAAAAAUAAACCUAAAGAUAAAAACGAUCAACCAAAAGAAACUAUAGAUAAAAUUAAAGAUACGGAAAAGGAUAACUACAAUAAGACAAAGGAAGAUAAAAUAAGAGAGACAGACAAGAAAGAUAAUAUUAGUAAAGAAGGAAAAGAUCUAAAAGAUCUUUACAAAGAAAAAAUUAGGGAGCUUAGAGAAAAGAAAGAAUUAACAGAAAAAGAAAAAUUAAAUAAAGACAACAAAGAAUCAAAAUCAAAUAAAGAAAAUAAAGACAAAAAGGAUUCUCCAAAAGAUAAAAAGUUGUAUAAAAAAGAUCAUAAAACUUCCUCCAAAAAUUCUUCAUCAAGUUCUCAUGAAGUGAAAACUAUUAAAGCAUCUGAAAAAGUUAUUGAUGGGAAAGAAAAAAGAAAUGAAUCAAAGGACAGAGAUAAGAAUAAACGAGAUGAAAGACGUACUUCUAAAGAUCAUAUGAAGUCUAAAAAUCAUAUCAGUAUGAAAUCAGACCCACCAGAAAAAUUAGAUAAACAGGAUGUAAAGAAAUUUAUAAAAAGUGAAAAAGAAGAAAAGAUUGAUAAACCUGAAGUAAGAAAAGAUGUUAAGUCAAAUAAUGAAAAGAUAAAUGGUAAAAAGGACACUAAAAAUCAUACGCAAAGUAAAAGUUCAACACGAAACGAGAAAUUAGAUAGCAAGAAAGAUAAUAAAAGUGAUUCCCAACAUAAAGACAAAAGGCGAAGAGAAGAGAAAAAGUCCAAGUCAAAAGAUGACCAUUCUAGUUUAAGAAGGAAUUCUAAUGAUCGACGUUCUACAGAUAGAGAUGGUUCAAAUGGGUCAAGUAGCAAAAGUUCACAGUCUAGUAAUUCCGGAUCUAACAUUGCAAAUAAUAAGUCAAACACAUCAACUUUUUCUAAAGAAACAAAUCAUAUGAGUAAUUCAGGCAGUGAAACAUCAGACAAUGUUGAAGAAUCACAUCCAAGUGAUCUGAACUUAUCAUUUGAACAACAAAGUUAUAAAUUGGAUAAAACAACAGAAUUACAUACAGAAUACAAAACUGACAACACUAAUAAUCAUGAAAUACAUAUUAAACAAGAAUUAGAAUUUAAUGACAUUAACCUGCCUCUAAAAAAACGAGCAUUGCUAGAAGAAGACUAUAUUUCAGGAGAAAUGAAAGUAAAAAAACCAAAAUUUGCAAAAAAUAUACAUGAAGCUAAAAAAUUAAUGAAAAUUAGGAAACAAAUAGAGAAACAGAAGCUUAAAGAAAAUAAAAAAUUAGAGAAGAAACUUAGUGAAAAAAUAGAACAACCAAUUCAAACAAAUACCAUAAAUAAUGAUAAUGUUGAAAGUAUGCCAGAUGAAGAACGUGUUCAAAUAAUAGAAAUACCAGAUGAAGAAUAUGAAGAGCCAUAUCCUGAGAAAUAUACUAAUUUAACAUUAGAAGAAAGAUCAAUAAUGAUGUUACAAACUGAAGCUGGUGCAAAAGAUUUGUUGGAGACACAUUCUAAUCUAAAAUUGAAAUUGUCAGACAUGGAACUGUGUAUAAAAAAAUCAUUAAGUGAAACACUUCCCAAUAAAAUAGAAAAGGAAUCUAUCCAACCACUGAGUUCAAAUAUUCAAAAAACAUUGUCUAGUAAGAAAGGAGUUGAAAAUUCACAAAACAAAAAAUUGUCUUCUAGCAUAGAAGAAGCAGACAACAAUAUGAUAAAGGCAGAAGAAAUAGAUCAUUCUGUAGACAUAUAUUCUAAAAAGGAAAUGCAACAAGAAACCAGUGUAUCUAAAAUAAAAAUACAUGUAGUACCUCAAGAACCAAACCAUUUUAGUAUUGAUAGUAAUAAAAAAGAUGUAAGCGAGAAAAAAGAGCAAUUACAGUUAAGUAAUAUAAAUACACAUAACAUGACUUGUUCAAACAAUAAUAAAAGUAUAGAGAUACCUACAACAUCAAAAUUUAGAGAUCAAGAUGUUUCUCAGGAUGCUCAAAAUAGUAGUCUUUCUAAUGUAAAUAGCUGUAUAAUUAAUAGAGAUUGCAUUAUAAAAUCUAAAGAGCAACCAGAGGCAAUAGAAUCAACAUCAAUGGAAACUGAAGAUAACGAAGAUUGUCGUUACUUCAAAGCAGAUAAUGAAAAAUCAGAAAAAUUUUCUAGUUUCUUAGAAUCAUUGGAAUUGAUAGAAAACAGUUCUUUAGAAGACAUAAUAGAGAGUUUAGGAGGUCAAGUUGUAUCUUCAGUGCCAAAAGCUAUGGCACCACCUUUACCAAAACGCAAACAUUCGUCUAGCCCAUUAACAGAUAUAUUAUUAAAUAAUUCAAAUAAUAAUAACGAUAGUCAAAAAGGACUGAGUCUACCUAAUGAAGAAGCAUUAAGUAAUAUAAAAAAGAGAAAACUGGUACCUAAGAAGCAAAGGCUUCAACCAAACAUAUGUGCUCCACAAGGACUUUUAAAUGGGGAAAAUUUUGUUAUGCCUUUAAGUCCAGAAAGUGAUGUAUCUGCAACAAGUGAAAAAAUACCCUCUUCAAAUCUGAUUAAAGAAGACAAAGGGUCUCUAUUUAUGAAAAAAACAAGUUACCUAGAAGCUAUUGAGAUAUCAAAUACCAACAAAUUAUAUAUAACAUACAAUCCGGCAUAGAAGCAGUCAACGUUAUUCAAGUGAUGACUUAUACAAACCACGUCCAUUAUUUUCAAGUUCUUCUCGUAGAAGUAGGAGAUCUAAUCAGGUAUAGCUAGUAGUUCAUAGUCUCAGAUGUUGAAUUGUUUUACUUUAUAUAAACAGAAAUCCUAGCUGUUUUCUAAUUCUAGUAACACACCCUAUAUUGUAUUUCAAUCAAAUAUUUUUAAACUUUAAUUAAUGUGAGAUACUGAUGUGACCAAGGAAAAAUUUUGUGAACUAUUAUACUUAUAAUAUAUGUAAAAUUUAUUCUAAAAAUUUAGUCAUAUCUUUUAUGCAAGACAUUUAAGUCAAUGUAUUUAAUGUUUCUUUAAGUAUGUAUUAUAUUAGAGAAAUUUGAAAGUUUUCUAUAGAUUGACAUUCUUUAAAUAUAUUGUAAAUUUGAAAAGAAAAAUCUGCAUUACAUCUAAAUAGAAAGAAUACUAAAUAUAUUUUAAGGAAUUCUUACAUAAUGUUAUAAUUUGGAUAAGAAUUACUUACGUAAAAUUAUUAAAUCUAACACAGUAUUAACAAAGAAAAAUAUGCACUUCAAAAUAUUUUUGAAAUAGAAGUAAAGAUCUUUUAAGAACAUUUAUUUAAUAAAUAAUCAAGUUUACAAUACUUUGAAAAAUUCAGAAAAACGUAAACACAAAUACGUAUGUGAAUGAAUUGAAAAUUGUUGCAAAAAUUUAUUUUUUCAAGAAUAUAUAUAAAUUUUUGUGAAUAUGUAUGUUUAAGUUACAUUUGAAAUUAUAUUAAGUACUACAUCUGAAUAAUUCUUGUUUAUAAAAAAAAGAAUUAAUAUUUUUUCAUAUUACUUAUAUGAAAAUUAUUGUAUAAAAUUCAACUUCUUAUAAAAAAUACACAAAUGCGUAAUUAAUAGUGUGCAAUUUUCGUUAAUAUAUAAUACAUUACAUUAAAAAUGUACAUGAUAUAUUUAUAGGACUACAAGUUAGGUAAUUAUUGUAUACAUAUUAUUUAAAACAAACACAUUACUUACAAUAUAACUUUUAUGUAUGCUUAUAAGAAAUUUUAUAGUGUAAUUUUCUUUUAAGUUACUACUUGCUAAAGUGUACAUGUUGAUAAAGAAUGUAUAAGAAUAGUGCAAGCCUGAUAAGAUUAAAGGGAAAAAAUUGUUAGUACUUUUGAACAGUUAUUUUAGAGAAUAAUGUAUGAUUCAAAGUAUAACAAUAUUGUUUGCUUCUUGACAUAUUCUAUUGGUAAAUAUAUUGCACUUUAAUUUAGUGAAAGUGUUAGUAAUUAAAACCAAUUUUUCUGUGAUGUUAAAAGAAGAUAAGCAAUAGUUUCUAUAAACGUUUUUACUUUUUUCUUUUUUUUAAGUAUGAAACAACAGCAACGAGAAAAUUGCAAUGCAGGGGAACGACUAAUUGCACACUAUCUCACUUCCAACUCAAUACUUAAAGAUUGUAAUAUUACAUUUUUACAAAAAAAUGUUAUAUUUGUUAAUAAGCAUGUUCUUUAUUCUAUACAUGCAUAAGUUUGUAUAAAUAUGUAUAUAAAAUAGAAGUAGAUUACACUUUAUUACUGUGAAAAUAUUGUAGAAUAUUUUUUCCAACUUUUUAAAAUAUUUAUUGCUAUAUGUAAUAUAGUAACUAACAAUUUAUAAAACCCAUUAUUACUAUAAUUGCUUUAAAAUAAAGUGACUUUUUGUAUA